AUGCGCUCCAACUCCUUCAAAGCUACUUCGUCGUCGCCAGGGCUCUUUCUUGUUGGAGAAGCUUCUAGGUUGCUGGUGAAUCUACAAGAAGAACAGAAGAAUUUGGGACACGGAUAUCUGUAUAUAGGAGUUCUGAGUGUGCUGCGCAGGAUGGGAGAGACUAGUAGUUCUAGCCAUUCAAGGCAGGAUCCUUGUGUUCUUGGCUAUGGCUUCCAUGGCGCCAUCGCCAAUUCCACUCCUGCAAACUUCAGUGACCAAGAAGGAGCUGCCUAUUUUGGAGAGCUGGAAGAGGCUUUCAUGCAUCAGGUUGCCUCACUCACAAGAACUCAACAAGCUGCAACCACCUCCAUAGCUCAUCAUGGAGACAUCAAGCCCUUUCCCACUGCUGCUACUGUCACAGCUGCAACGGCUACAGCUAGGCCACCUCCUACACUGGACAUCUUCCCAGCUUGGCCUAUGAGGUCUCUUCACACACCCAAGGAGGGCUCAAAUGUGACAGAAGACACAGACGACUCGGAGAGCAGCAGCAAGAACAACAGCAACCACUCCUCAGAUCAGCACGGAGCAGCAGCAGACAUGCAAAGCCAGUUUGAUCAAGUUUCACAGCAGCAGCAGCUACAGCACAAGAACAUGGCUACUAGUUCCACCCCAAGGACUGGCAAGACUCCUGAUCGAAAGACAAUCAGAAGGCUUGCGCAGAACCGAGAAGCUGCACGCAAAAGCCGGCUGCGAAAGAAGGCUUACAUUCAGCAGCUUGAGAGCAGCAAACUGAAGCUCGCUCAGAUAGAACAGGACAUGCAGAGAGCACGUUCCCAGGGCAUCUUUCUUGGAGGAGCUCCUGGUGCAAACACCACCAGCUCAGGCGCCGCAAUGUUCGACGUGGAGUACGCCCGUUGGCUGGAUGACCAUGGCCGGCGCAUGGCCGAGCUGCAUGGAGCUCUGCAUGCGCACUUGCCCGACGGUGACCUCAGAGCCAUCGUGGAUGACACUCUGACCCACCACGAUGAGCUGUUCCAGCUGAAGGCGUCAGCAGCCAAGUCCGACGUGUUCCACCUCAUCACCGGGGUGUGGACAACCCCUGCCGAGCGAUGCUUCCUCUGGAUGGGUGGAUUCAGGCCAUCAGAUCUGGUCAAGACGCUGCUACCCCAGCUAGAUCCCUUGACUGAGCAGCAACUGGUAGGCAUAUGCAACCUUCAACAGUCAUCACAGCAGGCAGAGGAAGCUCUCUCCCAGGGCCUGGACCAGCUGCAUCAGUCACUAGCUGACACCAUAGCCGGUGGAUCUCUGAUUGACGACACCAACAUGAGCUUCAUGGGUCAAAUGGCUCUUGCCCUUGGCAAGCUGUCCAACCUUGAAGGUUUUGUGAUACAGGCUGAUAACUUGAGGCAGCAGACUCUUCAUCAGAUGCACCGGAUUCUGACAGUUCGGCAGGCAGCUCGAUGUUUCUUGGCCAUUGGGGAGUAUCACAAUCGCCUCCGCGCCUUAAGCUCCCUCUGGGUUUCUCGGCCCCGAGAGAUACUGGGUGCAGAUGAAGGCAAUUGUGGGGAGAUAAGCAUUGCGGCACAAGCAUCCCAAAGCCAAUUUUCAUCCUUCUGA